AUGGUAUUUUGCAUUUACGCCAUCAUUGAUGAUAAGCUGGUUGAGAAGCCCCCGCACGUUACGCCUGCUGCCGUGGGUCUGAUCGUCUUCAUAGUUGUCGGCGCCUACACUGCCAAUGCGAGUUCUGCUCUGGACCCAGCUCGUGACCUUGGCCCUCGCUUGAUGCUACUUUCAACUUACUGGGGUCCGACGGCCUUUCAAGUUGACAACUACUACUUUUGGGUUCCGUUAUUUAUGCCUACUGUUGGUGCUGUGGUUGGAGCCACUUUGUACGAGUUACUCACUGGUAUCCAUAUGGACAGAGAACCCCCGUAUCUCGAUGAGCCAUAA